GUCCUGUAGCAGCCGGCGGGCCGAGGAGGACACGGAGGACCGAGCGCGGCGGCGAUGGAUGACCACAGCCUGGAGGAGUUCCGCCGGCGCUGGCAGGAGGAGCUGGCGCAGGCCCAGGCGCUCAGGAAGCGGCGGCGGCCCGAGGCUGCCGAGCGGCGGCCGCGACGGGCCGAAGUGGCCCCGGGGCGCGGCGAGCAGGCCUCGGGGUACCUGGCGCUGGCCCAGGGCCUCCUGGAGGGUGCGGGGCGACCCCCGGCGGCGCGGGCGACCCGGGCCGAGAGGCAGGAUGCGGCGAGCCGUUCCCGCUCCCCUCCGGCUCGGGAGGGCGCCGGGGGCGGGGAGCAGCUGGUGGACCAGCUCAUCCGCGACCUGAAUGAAAUGGAUGAUGUGCCCUUCUUUGAUAUCCAACUGCCUUAUGAACUGGCAAUCAAUAUAUUUCAGUAUCUGGACAGGAAAGAACUAGGAAGGUGCGCACAGGUGAGCAAGACGUGGAAGGUGAUUGCAGAAGACGAAGUGCUCUGGUACAGGCUGUGCCAGCAGGAAGGGCACCUUCCCGAGAGCAGCAUCUCUGAUUAUUCUUGUUGGAAGCUCAUCUUCCAAGAGUGCCGAGCCAAGGAACACAUGUUAAGAACCAACUGGAAGAAUCGCAAAGGCGCCGUGAGUGAGCUGGAACACAUCCCUGACGCGGUUUUGUGCGACGUGCACUCCCAUGAUGGCGUUGUCGUUGCUGGAUAUACAUCAGGGGACGUGAGGGUGUGGGACACCCGCACCUGGGACUACACAGCCCCUUUCCUGGAAUCAGAGUAUGAGGAGGACGAGCCUGGAAUGCAGCCAUAUGUCUCCUUUGUGAGGAUAAACAGCUCGCUGGCGGUAGCCGCUUAUGAGGAUGGAUUUCUUAACAUUUGGGAUCUAAGGACUGGAAAGUAUCCUGUCCAUCGUUUUGAGCAUGACGCAAGAAUACAGGCACUAGCCCUCAGCCGGGAAGACGCAGUUGUGGCCACAGCUUCUGCUUUUGAUGUUGUGAUGUUACGCCCGAAUGAAGAGGGAUAUUGGCAAAUCACUGCCGAAUUUGAAGUUCAGAAACUGGUUGACUACCUUGAAAUAGUUCCAGAUACUGGAAGGUACCCUGUGGCAGUGGCCACGGCUGGAGAUCUGGUAUACCUGCUAAAAGCCGAAGACUCUGCCAGAACCCUCCAUUAUGUCUACGGCCAGCCCGUCACGUGUCUGGAUGUCUCAGCCAGCCAGGCUGCUUUUGGUGUGAAGAGUCUAGGAUGGGUAUACGAAGGAAACAAGAUCCUGGUGUACAGCCUGGAAGCAGAACGCUGCCUCUCGAAGCUGGGCAAUGCGCUUGGUGAUUUCACUUGCGUCAACCUCAGGGACAGCCCUCCCAACCUCAUGGUCAGUGGCAACAUGGACAGGAGGGUGAGGAUCCACGACCUCCGCACUGACAAAAUUGCCCUGUCGCUGUCUGCCCACCAACUGGGAGUCUCUGCAGUGCAGAUGGAUGACUGGAAAAUCGUCAGCGGAGGCGAGGAAGGCCUGGUCUCCGUGUGGGAUUAUAGGAUGAGCCAGAAGCUGUGGGAAGUACACUCCAGGCACCCCGUUCGUCACCUGUCCUUCACCAGCCACAGCCUCAUCACGGCCAACGUGCCCUACGAGAGGGUGGUGCGCAACACGGACCUGGACAACUUCACCACUCACAGAAGGCACCGCGGGCUGAUCCACGCCUACGAGUUUGCCGUGGACCGGCUGGCCUUCCAGAGCGCGCUUCCCGUCUGCCGAGCGUCCGGCGACACGGCGCCGGCCUACAGCUACGACCUUGCGCUCGCCUUUCCCUAGGACCGUGGUUGAGGGAGCGCCUCGUGGGGGAGCUGG